AUGUUACAAUUUCCUUUACCUCAUGAAAAAAUACUUCCUAGUGAUAUCAAAAUUGUGCGACCUUCGUCUAAGCCUAAUAAUCCUGAGGUUCUUGAUCGAAUCAAAGGCUCAUUAGUUGGAUUAGCAGUUGGAGAUGCUCUCGGAGCUAGUGUUGAAUUUCGCCCUCGACAAUAUCUUCUUGAACAUCCAGUUCAUGAUAUGAAAUCUGGCGGUACGUGGGGUUUAGAUGCAGGUCAGUGGACAGAUGAUACUUCUAUGGCUCUUUGUCUUGCUUCAUCACUUAUCAGUCGAAAUGAUUUUGAUCCCUAUGAUCAGAUGGUUCGUUACAAAUGGUGGCAUAAACAUGGUUAUUUAUCUUCUACUGGACAAUGUUUUGAUAUUGGUAAUGCCACGCGUGCAUCAAUAGAAGAAUUCUACCGUCGACAGAACGAAUUAAAAAGAAAAUAUAAGAUACAUACGGAUUUGGAAGUUGAUCAAUUGUCACCUGAGUUGCUUAAGAAAGAGAAAUUCGAUGUAUACUGUAGUCGACAAGGUGUUGCUGGAAAUGGAGCUUUGAUGCGACUGGCACCUGUUCCUCUCUUUUUCUAUCAAGUACCUCCUCUUGCUGUCGAGUUAUCUGGUCGAAGUGGUCGUCUUACACAUGGUGAUGACGUAGCUAUCGAUGCAUGUCGAUAUUAUGGAGCACUAAUAGUUGCUGCUGUUCGCGGCGAGUCUAAAGAAAAACUACUUGACGAAUAUUUUUAUGAUGAUCAUCAAGUUUGGUUUGGAACAUACCCACUUCAUGAGACUAUAGUUAACAUUGCAAGAGGAUCUUUCAAAAAAAGAAGAGGUUAUGAUGAUGGAAUUCGAGGUAAAGGACAUAUUGUUUGGACACUCGAAGCAGCACUAUGGGCAUUUUGGAGUACAGAAUCAUUUGAUGCAGGUGCACUUGCUGCUGUUAAUCUAGGUGACGAUACAGAUACGACAGCUGCUAUUUAUGGUCAAUUGGCAGGUGCAUUCUAUGGCUAUCAAAAUAUUUCACCAAAAUGGAGAAGUAUAUUGUAUGCUCGUGACUUAAUUACAUGUAUCGCAGAAUGGACAGAGUAUUUAAGUUACUCAGAAAAUAAAAUAGCUGGACAUGAACGAAUAGCCAGAAGCCGAAUUUCAUCAGUUGAUCGAAGCCAACAACAAGGUCGUAUAAAUUUGGUGCAGCCGAAUGAGAGUGGUUCAGCUAAUAAUAAUAAAUCAAAACCACCAGCGAAACCUGACAAUCAUAGCAAGCCUAAAUCGAAACGAGGGAAGUCUGAACAAAGACCUAAGGCUCAUAGAAAGUUUCAUUUAUUAUGUGUAGGUGCUCUACCGAUCGAUGAUUAA